AUGGCCCUGGAGCGGCUGGCCGAAGGCCUGCGCAGCAUCCCGCCCUUGCAAAGCUCCCUGCUGCUGCUGCUCUCCCUGCUCGCCGCCCUCCACCUGGAGUGUCCGCACGCACUUAUUUUAAACGACAGGUAUCCAAAAGUUCAGGCUAAAAUGCAAGAAGAAGUGGACAGGAUUGUUGGCAGAGACCGCCUGCCGUGUGCGGAAGACCAGCCUCACUUGCCCUACUUCAUGUCAUUCCUGUACGAAUCCAUGCGUUUCAGCAGCUUUGUGCCUGUUACUAUCCCGCAUGCCACCACCUCCAACACCUUCAUAAUGGGCUACCUCAUUCCCAAAGACACGGUGAUAUUUAUUAAUCAGUGGUCAGUGAACCACGAUCCAGCAAAAUGGGUUAACCCAGAGGCUUUUGACCCAUCAAGAUUCCUGGAUGAGAAUGGAUUCAUUAACAAAGACCUAACAAGCAGCGUGAUGAUAUUCUCACUGGGAAAGCGUCGCUGUAUUGGAGAGGAGCUAUCGAAGAUGCAGCUGUUUCUCUUUACCUCCAUUCUGGUUCAUCAGUGCAAUUUUACCGCUAAUCCAAAAGAGGACCCUAAACUGGACUUUACCUAUGGGCUGACCAUUAAACCGAAGCCGUUUACUGUGAAUGUCACACUUAGAGAUACUAUGGAUUUGCUUGAUAAGACUGUCCAAAGACUGCAAGCAGAGAAAACUGCCAAUGAAAAUCACUCCACUGCAAAUAUCUAAGCACAGAAUUCUGCAUCUAAAGAUAUUCUUGCUCUCUUUCUAGACUUCAGUAAGUUAUAGUUUGUUCUGGUGAUCUUUUUGGAAAAUAGACAACCUAACAAGCUACAAGAGCAGGAAGGAAAACUGCACAA